AAAAAACAAUUUAUUUUUUUUAAUAAUAUAAAGAACUAUUUAUUACAAAAACAAAAAAAAGAAAAAAAAAGGAACAAAUACAAGAAAAAAGAAAUAAAAAUGAAAAUCAUUAACAAUUUAAUUUUAAUUAUAGUUUUAUUAUUUAUAUCUGCCAACAACUCUUUUUCACAAGAAUAUGACUCGACUUACCUUAAUAGUUUAAUUACCGAUCCAAAGAAUCCUUGUAUGAACGUUAAAUGUACUGAUCAAUACCCACAAGAUUGCAAUGUUAGAGGUGGUGAAAUAUUUUUUGCAAGAAAUACCGCCAUUGGAAUUUGUUGUGCCAAAUGCAUAAACCACUCUGUAUUAGACCCAGAAACCCUUCCACCAAAACACUAAAUAAAUGAUUUAAUAAACUAUUUAUUAUUAUAAAAAACU